ACAUGUGGCACAGGUAGCAUUUCCUCUUGGUGACUGAAGCAAUGGGAGCUCUUUGGGUCUUGUUUAUUUGUGUGAUGACUGUUUGUCUUGCCAAAGGCUCUUGUUUACCAGUUGGUGGCCUAAAUGAAAGACAAGAUGAUGCUCUACAGAGGAGAACAAGAGUACAACCGGGAUCCACUGAAGUGGAAGCUGAGACAUCACUUGUCCAACUGAGCCAAAAAAAUACUCUGAACACAGGCCACUCCAAACUGAUGAUGGUCUAUGCGUCCAAGAACAAACCAAAGAUCAGCCUGACCACCAGUGCUUCUCUGCUGGCCAGCGAGACCCCCAGCACCCCCCUGCUAGCCAACAAGAUGACAUCGUCCAGUGCCUUUCAGCUGGUCAGCAAAACUCCACCAGCCAGGGAGAGCACCCAAGCCCCAGUGCUGGCCAACAGGACAACGCCAGCUAGCGCCCGCCUGCUGGCCAGCGAGACCCCACCGGCCAGGGAGAGCACGCAAGCCCCAGUGCCGGGCAGUGAGACCCCACCGGCCAGGGAGAGCACGCAAGCCCCAGUGCCGGGCAGUGAGACCCCACCGGCCAGGGAGAGCACGCAAGCCCCAGUGCCGGGCAGCGAGACCCCACCAGCCAGGGUGAGCACGCAAGCCCCAGUGCUGGCCAACAGGACAACGCCAGCUAGCGCCCGCCUGCUGGCCAGCGAGACCCCACCGGCCAGGGAGAGCACCCAAGCCCCAGUGCUGGCCAACAGGACAACGCCAGCUAGCGCCCGCCUGCUGGUCAGCGAGACCCCACCAGCCAGGGUGAGCACGCAAGCCCCAGUGCCGGGCAGCGAGACCCCACCAGCCAGGGUGAGCACGCAAGCCCCAGUGCUGGCCAACAGGACAACGCCAGCUAGCGCCCGCCUGCUGGCCAGCGAGACCCCACCGGCCAGGGAGAGCACCCAAGCCCCAGUGCUGGCCAGCGAGACCCCACAGGCCAGGGAGACCCCCAGCAAGACCCCUGGUGCCCAGGUGCUGGCCAGUGAGACCCCACCAGCCAGGGAGAGCACGCAAGCCCCAGUGCUGGCCAACAGGACAACGCCAGCUAGCGCCCGCCUGCUGGCCAGCGAGACCCCACAGGCCAGGGAGAGCACGCAAGCCCCAGUGCUGGCCAACAGGACAACGCCAGCUAGCGCCCGCCUGCUGGCCAGUAAUACCCCACCGGCCAGGGAGAGCACCCAAGCCCCAGUGCUGGCCAGCGAGACCCCACUGGCCAGGGAGACCCCCAGCAAGACCCCUGGUGCCCAGGUGCCGGCCAGCGAGACCCCACCGGCCAGGGAGAGCACCAGCGCCCCGGUGCCGGCCAGCGAGACCCCACCGGCCAGGGAGAGCACCAGCGCCCCGGUGCCGGCCAGCGAGACCCCACCGGCCAGGGAGAGCACGCAAGCCCCGGUGCUGGCCAACAGGACAACGCCAGCUAGCGCCCGCCUGCUGGCCAGCGAGACCCCCAGCAAGACCCCUGGUGCCCAGGUGCUGGCCAGUGAGACCCCGCCGGCCAGGGAGAGCACGCAAGCCCCAGUGCUGGCCAACAGGACAACGCCAGCUAGCGCCCGCCUGCUGGCCAGCGAGACCCCACCGGCCAGGGAGAGCACGCAAGCCCCAGUGCUGGCCAACAGGACAACGCCAGCUAGCGCCCGCCUGCUGGUCAGUAAUACCCCACCGGCCAGGGAGAGCACCAGCGCCCCGGUGCCGGCCAGCGAGACCCCACCGGCCAGGGAGAGCACCAGCGCCCCGGUGCCGGCCAACAGGACAACGCCAGCUAGCAUCGGCCUGCUGGCCAGCGAGACCCCACCGGCCAGGGAGAGCACCCAAGCCCCGGUGCCGGCCAGAGUGUCCCCCUGUGCCCCCCUGCUGGCCAGCAAGACCUCCAGCACCCCUAUGCUGGCCAGCGGGACAACGCCGUCUAGCGCCCGCCUGCUGGUCAGUAAUACCCCACUGGCUAGGGAGACCCCCAGCGCCCCACCACUAACCAGCAAGACCCCGCUGUCUAGCGCCCCAGUGUCGGCCAGCGAGACCCCGCCAGCCUUCCUACCCCCCAACAACACGAUGCCUUCCAGUGCCCCCCUGCUGGCCAGCAAGACAAUGCUGUCCAGUGCCCCCCUGCUGACCAACAAGACCCCACUGGCCAAGGAGACCCCCACCCCUGUGCUGGCCAGCGAGACAACACUGUCCAGCGCCCUUCUUCUGGAAAGCGAGACCCCCAGCGCCCCUCCAUCGGCUGGCAAGACCUCUCCAGCAAAUUCUUAAAACAGUGUGUGGAAGUCUGGAGAAGCUGGAACAUCACCAUUUCUUAAUGCCAAAUAUUCAAUCAAAUGUCGUCUGUCUCUCGGAGCAACUGGAAACCAAUGAAUUGGAAGUUGAAGCAUGAGCCUUGUUUUUGUUUUUUAAAAACAAAACAAAAAACCCUGAAAGCAGACCAUUCAGAACUGCUUAACCUCUACGCAGCCAAUAACCUAAAGUCCAACCUGAUGGCCAGCGUAACCCUGAGCCCCAUUAAGAACCCAGCAAGACCCUUGCAGACAACCCAGGCCAGCGCCUCCAUGCAGUGGUGAGACCCCCAUAUUAAGAGGCAGUUAAAAGUAUGGGACUAAGUUUAAGGAACCAUGUAACUAAGGUGUUUAUGCAACUUCAAUAAAAACUAUUAACUUGA